AUGGUUCCGAAAGUAAAACCAAAACGAAAUGAUAAUAAUUUGGCACCGCUUAUCCAAUCAAAAAAGUCGUCCCACCUCCUGACCAUCAUCACCAUACUAUUCUCCCAAAGUUCAUCAAAAGCAUGGCGCGGAUUGAAAGAUUGUGGUGGUGCUUCUUUCUCCACUUUUCCAUCUCCGAAAGUCACCGCGUUGCACAUUUGCCGACACCGUUUCCUUCUUCCCCAUCGCUCUCUUAGACCAAGCGGCAAAAGAAGUUCGCUCCGGAAAGCUUACCUGAUUCUCUAGUCAGACAUUAGGAUUUCGUCGCCGGGAAUUACUCAGGAGUGGGCUUUGUUUUGAUGAUCUUUGGAUAUCAGCAAAGCAAUGAGUCGUUUGACAGAACUUCAGAAAAACCCCUCAGCUAGGAGAAAAUUAAGAGAUUUGCAGCAACAAAGUGAUAAUCGUACCUGUGCUGAUUGUGGUGCUCCGGAUCCUAAAUGGGCGUCUGCAAAUAUUGGAGUCUUCCUCUGCUUAAAAUGUUGCAGUGUGCACCGAAGCCUUGGUACCCAUAUCUCAAAGGUUUUAUCAGUGACACUGGAUGACUGGAUGGAGGAAGAGAUUGAUUCAAUGGCUGAAGUUGGAGGAAAUGCAGCUGUUAAUUCAAUUUAUGAGGCUCAUAUACCUGACGGAGUAUCAAAGCCUAAACCGGAUGCCAGUCAUGAUGAGCGUUCAAAAUUCAUAAGAUCUAAGUAUGAGCUCCAAGAUUAUAUGAAACCUGGCUUGCGAAUUACCUCAGGAAAGUCUGCUGUAUCUUCCCAGUUAAGCUUUUCCAAGAGGAUCAUGGAUUCAUUCAGUACCACAAGUGCAUCAUCUACGGAUGGCAUGGUAGAAUUCAUUGGUUUACUGAAGGUGAAGGUUGCGAAGGGUACAAACUUGGCUGUGAGAGAUAUGUUGUCAAGUGAUCCUUAUGUCAUCCUCAAUCUCGGUAAACAGACUGUCCAGACCACUGUAGCUAGGAGCAACCUGAAUCCAGUAUGGGAUGAGGAACUCAUGCUCUCAGUUCCACAAGACUAUGGCACUGUGAAGUUGCAAGUGUUUGACUACGACACUUUCUCUGCUGAUGACAUAAUGGGGGAGGCAGAGAUCGACUUGCAGCCAUUGAUAAACUCGGCAAUGGCGUAUGGUGACCCGGAGAUGUUUGGGAACAUGCAGAUCGGCAAGUGGUUGAAAUCAGCUGACAAUGCUCUCAUAGAGGAUAGCACAGUAAACAUCGUGGAUGGGAAGGUGAAGCAACAAGUGUUUCUCAAGCUCCAGAACGUAGAAUCUGGGGAGUUAGAAGUAGAGUUAGAGUGGUUGUCUCUGGAGCAAUAAAACAUUAAGUACAUGUAUUUACAUUUAUUCACUUUAAUUCUUGAUAAAGAAGAAAGGAACGGAAGGAAGCUGGUGGCGAUCGCCGUUUUGGGUAGUUGAUGAAGCCAUGCGAAGUCUUGGUUGUACUAUUGAAUAGUUUUCCUUUUACCUUCCUUUCCUUUUAGGCUUUUACCCUUUUUUGUUAUCUGUCGGAUUCUUCACCUCCCCCUGCUCUCUCACUCUUGAACAUGUAAUCUUAUUGAGAGCGAAGACGUUCUAUUAAUUAGGGUUUUCUGGAGGAAUGGUUCCUAGUCUUUCCUAGUAUGAAUCCAUGAAGUUAGUUGUAAAAUGUUAGAAACACGUUAUUAUCAUAAUAGUUAGACAAAUUAGGGUGGGCAACGGGACGGG